CUUUUAAUUUCAUAUUUCCUUUGCUUGCUUCGGAAACACAAAAGUCGUAAUUAAGAAAGAAGAAGAAUAUUUAAGGUUACUGACAGUGAAGCACCUUCUCUACCAUCCUACUCAUUGUCAUUGGCACCUAUUUCACUCCGUUUACCCAAUGUUCUGUUUGGUUACCGAGAAAAACGACGCUUUGAAAACAGAAAACGUAUUGGUGAGGACAGUGGCAAUGGAUGAUAGUUGUGCUGUAUGUGCUGAGACACUUGAGUGGGUUGCAUAUGGACCGUGUGCCCAUCGGGAGGUCUGCUCUACCUGCAUUAUUCGUCUCCGUUUUAUCUGCAAUGAUCAAUGUUGCUGCAUUUGCAAAUCUGAAUCUUCUGUCAUCUUUGUCACCAAGGCUAUGGGAGAUUAUACGAGGAUGAUAAAUGACUUCUCUGCUCUCCCAGCCAAUCCAAUUGAAGGACAAGUUGGGCAGUAUUGGUUUCAUGAAGGCACACAAGCAUAUUUUGAUGAUUUGGACCACUACAAUAUGAUAAAGGCUAUGUGCAGACUAUCAUGCAUUGUUUGUGAUAAAAGGAAUGAACAAUCGAAUGGAGGAUCUAAAAGGAUAGGGGAUUUUAAUAACAUUGAGCAGCUGAAGAUUCAUUUGUCCCAUGAGCAUAGACUGUUUAUGUGCAGUCUGUGUUUGGAAGGCAGGAAGAUAUUUAUAAGUGAGCAAAAGUUGUAUGAUAGAGCACAAUUAAGUCAACAUGUGAAGACUGGUGACUCGGUGGUUGAUGGCAGUGAAAGUGAAAGAGGUGGAUUCAUGGGCCAUCCCACGUGUAAAUUCUGCCACAACCCGUUCUAUGGGGAUAAUGAGCUUUAUUCACAUAUGUCUACUGAACAUUUUACUUGCCAUAUAUGCCAAAGGCAGCAUCCAGGACAAUAUGAAUAUUAUAAUGAUUACAAUGACUUGGAGAACCAUUUUCGUCAAGGACAUUUCUUGUGUGAAGAUGAAGCCUGCCUUGCAAAAAAGUUCAUAGUUUUUGCAUCUGAACCAGAAAUGAAGAGGCAUGGUGCCAUGGAACAUGGGGGGCGUAUGUCUCGGUCCAAGCGUAAUGCUGCACUACAGAUUCCAAUGAGCUUCCGAUAUCAAUGGCGUGCUGAACAAGAUAGACGUCAUAGAGAUAGCCGAAAUCAUUCAAGCUCAUCAUCAAUGACUAUGCAAGUUGGUCUCGAGACAGCUAAUGCUGUAAGGUUUGAUGAAUCUUCCUUGAAUACUCAAGCAAUUUCGAAUCACAGAGGAACAUGUGAUAUUGACUCGAUGUUUAAGACACUAGCUACUACAGAUUCUGAGGCACCUUCAAGAAGUUGUCAGGCAUUAAGUCAAAACUCUACAGGCACCCUGCUGGAGGAAUCAUCGUUUCCACCGCUUCCGAUGGCUCCAAGCAGUAGUGUAAGAAGAAUAAGAAAUGCUAAGGGUGGGAUGAAUGGGAACACAAUGGCUGCUCGACUGCGUAACCAGAACACUGUAAAAGUUCUCAAUGGUUCUGGGGCUUCAAGGACAACAGGUCGUCAUUCUACGUCAUCAGCCAGCCUUUCUUACCAAUCAAGGCCUGUGUUAAAAUCUGGGCAUUUAUCAUCAUCUAGUUCUCCAUGUUCUUCCCAGAAUAAGCCGGGAACUAGUAGUGGAUACGUACAAUCUAGUCAUGCAAGCUCCAUUCAGUCUGUAACAUCAACAGCUAAUGUAAUUGUCUCGUCUUUUAAUGGUGCAAGUUCAUCAAGGACUAAAAGUAACACCAGCAAGAUCAGUCCCUCUUCUUCAGCCACAAAUCUUGUAGAAAUAGAAUCUCGUAGCAAAUCUAUUUCCAACUCCCAAGAUGACAAGGUAACUACAAAUAGCCAGCUGUUAUUGAAAGUUGAAGAUGUUCGAUCUGCUAAUAAGAUUCUGGUGGAAAAAAUUCGUUCUGCAUUAGAUUUAGACAAUGACAAAUUUGCUGCAUUUAAAAUAUUAUCAGUAGAGUAUAACCAGGAUUUAAUUGACACUGGGGAAUAUCUUGCCUACGUGCAUCAAUUUGGCCUGUCGCAUCUGGUUCUUGAGCUAGCUAUGCUUUGUCCCAACACUCAGAAACAAAGAGAGCUUGUUGAGAUUCAUAAAUAUAAUACAAGGAGGAACGGCUCAAACGAAACUGGUUUGAGAAUUGAAUCCGAAGGCAAGAAAAAUACAAAGAAGGGUAAAGAGCUAUGUGAAGACAAUGGGAGCUAUAGCUCAGAAAAUAACUUGCAGUUUAGUCAUAAAGAAGCAGACCAUAUGCCUCAUUCUGUGAAGGGAAAAUCAAAGAUUUUGUUUGAUGCUGGAGCCAACUUAAAUUCACCUAUGGAGCUAAAGAUUGAGAAUGAUGCUCAGUCAAAUAGUGGCUGCCUAAAGAAGAACGUGGGACCAGGGGGAGGAGGAAACAAACCUAGAAAAAAAAUGUCGAAGUUCCUUACAAACCGCCUUGGUGAUUCUUCAGCAACUGCAUUUCCAGAUGAUGGCAAUCCUGAUGAGAAGGGAGAAACAACAUGUUUGAAGAAGAACACACCUAGAACAUUGCCAGUUCAUGGAGUUUGGCGAAAUGGGGGAGGCCGGAGACUUGUGGUUAUGAGCCAAAGAGACCCAACAAAGUGAACAGCUCAAUAGAAGUGCUUGUACGUAUAGAAAGUGGCCUUGUCUAAGGUGCCUUAAAGUUAGUGUUACUUUAAGUUUGAAGAGCGAUUAUUGCUUAACCGAUAUUCAUGUAUUAAAUAUUUAAUGGAAUUAUUUUUUAUAAAUUAAAAUAUUUAAUAGAUAUAA